AUGGGAACAUUCGAUUUAUAUGAUUUACAAGAUGAUGUUUUAUUUAAAUCAAAUGAUAAUUUUUAUAAUUUUGUAAAAGAUGUUUGUGGUGAGGUCGAAGCCGAAAUAUUACGAGUUCAAGGUAUACAAAAUGCUCGAUGCUUAAUUAGAUCAACAAAUUUAUUGGAUAUUCUUAAACUUGAUUGUGAUGAAGUCAAUUCAAUAAAAUCUAAUGCUUGUUUUAUGUGCAAAAAUGGUGAAUUCAUUGUCAAACAAGGUGUGAAAUUGAAUUUAGAUAAUUUAUUUGAUGCAUUAAAAGAUAAACAUGAAAAAUUUAAAAAAAAACAUUAUCAACAACAACGACAACAAGCAUUAUCAGUUACGAUUUUAGCAUCACCAACAAUCGUAACAAAUACAGAUAACAUCAAUAACUCAACUGCGUACGAUUCUCCGUUAUUAACAACUACAACAAAUUCAUCGUCUACAUUAUUCAAAAACAGUACAGCAAAUACAAGUCCAUUAAUUUCUAAAUAUACAUCAAUACAUGAUCAUGUUAGUUUUAUAACAGAUUUGAUAGAAAAGUUUUCUCGUAAAACAUUUGUUUCAGUCAUUUUAAAACAAAAUGAACAUUAUGAAUUACAAGUUGCACCAGACGGCGAAACAUUAAAAGCCGUAAUUAAAUGUAAUUGUGGAGGAAGGCUGAUGCUACCAAUUCGUUCUGAUACGUCGAAAUUUAUUUUAUCCAACUUUUAUGCUCAUUUAACAACAUCGACAUGUUCUAUGGUAAAUAAUAUUUUGAAAGAAGAAAAAAAAUUGGCAAAUAGAGAAUUACAAACUGAACCAAUUAACAACUCUGUACCACAAUCGUCAACUGCUGCUACGAACAAUAAUAAAUCUCCUACAGCAAAACAAAUCAAAAGAAAAGAUAAUGAUAAUUCGUCUGCCACACAUUCGUCUUCUACAAAAUUUAAAAAACUGAAAAGAUAA